AAAAACCGGAAAUGACCUAAAAGAAAGCUGCAGAAAGCUCAAAUUGUUCUUGUUUCAGCAUUAAGGCAUUAUUUAUUUUAUUAAACGAAAUCUAAUAAUAACCAUGGUCAUAGUAGCAGGCUAAAUACCACUUUUUAAAAAAAUCUUGCUUAUAUUAUUGGCUCUUCUCAGUUAACUCUCAAGGGAAAGAGACACUCGAGGUAAAAUUUAGUGCCAAAGUUGUUGAGGUUAGACGUCCGUCAUUCCUCUUUCUUUGAUUUCAAAAGAUUUAAAGGUCUUUACAUAGCAGACUAGUAGCAGACCGAACUUCUACUCAUCAUGCCUGAUAAAGAAAAUUUAAGAUUAGCUGUCAUAUGCUCCAGCAACAUGAAUCGCAGUAUGGAAGCUCAUGCAUUUUUAAGUAAAAAGGGUUUUCAAGUGACAUCAUUUGGAACUGGAGACAAAGUCAAACUCCCUGGAACUGCUCCCGACAGACCCAACUGCUAUGAAUUUGGCACCACAUAUGAAGAAAUAUACCAAGACCUUCUGGGCAAAGACAGAUCAUUUUAUACGCAAAAUGGACUGCUUCAUAUGCUGGAUAGAAAUCGUCGGAUCAAGAUGUGGCCUGAAAAAUUCCAGCUUAGCACCGAACAAUUUGAUGUAAUAUUCACUUGUGAAGAAAGAGUGUAUGAUCAGGUUGUGGAAUGGCUAUCAACUAGAUCACCUGUUGAUACAGCAUCAGUUCAUGUCAUUAAUAUUGAUAUUCAAGACAACCAUGAAGAAGCAACUAUUGGAGCAUUUCUCUUUUGUGAACUUGCUGCACUGCUGACUAGUAGUGAAGAUCUGGACAAUGAUAUAGAUGAACUUCUUCAUGACUUUGAAACAAAAUGUCAAAGACCCAUACUGCAUUGCGUACUAUUUUAUUAAUAGCUUCCCAUACACUCUCACGAAUUUUGCCUCCUAAACAUAUGUGCUUAUGGUGUCGGAUAAUCACUGUCUUAAUAAUAUCAAGUAUAUAUUUUUCCAAUCUUCCAGUGUGUCCAAAUAUUCUGAGGUGAAUCAUUAGAUUAGUCUUACAAUAUUAUGCCUUUUUCUAGACAAGAUCCAAUUGUGUGCCAAAUUAACAUGAACACAUUCAAACAAUGUAUCACUUCCCCCUGCUACCUACCAAGGAAGUAGCAUAAACCAUUGAACUUCCCCUUUUCUUUUUCUGUUUUUGAUUUCAGUGAUAUUGAUACUUAUUUUUUGUUAGGUGAAAGGUGAAACUAAUUUAUUUAUGUACCGUUAGCUAAAAGCACGUUUCCUUUGUCUAAAGAUGCCUAGAUUUAUUUCUUCUCUUGUAUAUAAACUGUGUUUAUAUAGUUUUCUUUUGCUGGUGCUUGUCACCUUUAAGGUCAAUGACAGUCCUCUGACUACUAACAUUUGUUGAAGCUCCUUGAAAUUGAAUCCAUGCUAUCUUAAUAUGUGAUGUUAAACUCCUAAUGUACUUGUGUCAGAAUUUUGCUUCUUUACAAUGCUGUAUAGAAAAUGAAAUGCAACUUAUGAAAAAUAUUUAUAUGUAUAGAAAGAGGGUACCUAUUGUGCCAAAGUUAUUAUUUUAAAAGUUAUCUGCAUAAAGUUAACGGUUCUUCAAGACAUCAUGACAACAACUUUUUUUUUUGUGGUAGAGCAUAAUUUAUUAUGAUUAUUAUGUACAAAGCGUAUAUUAUACAACUUGUUUGCAAGCUCUGAAAAAAUAAGUGACAUCUUACAACCAUACCACCAUUUCUCUAGAGUAGGGAAUAAACCACAUGAACUUCUUCAUCCAGAAAUCAA